ACACGUGGGUAUGAUCGCUGUGUGUAUCUGUGAGGGAACCGGACAGUGACGGGGAAGAGUACGAUACCCAGAAAGAAAGGAAAUGGAGGAGUGUUUUCCCCGUGGGGGGACCGUGAAGACGUCUAAGGAAACGGACAUUAAAAAGAGGCCUAGAGAGGAUGACAACUUGUUUUCUACCUUCCAUGAAGAAGAGGAGGCAUCUAUUAGGAAGAAGAAGAAGAAAGAACUGAAGGAAACUCAAACGGCAGUCCAGCAUGAAAAGAGUUCAUUCACAAAAGUGAAAGCACUGGAGCUAUUACAGUAUAAGGACCUGAGCGUUGGGAUGCUGUUUCUUGGAUGCAUCAAAGAAGUCAAAGAUUUUGAACUGGUUAUAAGCUUGCCCUAUAAUCUCAUAGGCUUUGUUCAAGCAACAAAUAUCUGUGAGGCCUACACAAAAAUGCUUAAUAAACAAGUUGAGAAAGAGGAGCCUCUGGAGGGUCUAAUGCCUCUUUCUGAAUUGUAUUCUCCGGGAAUGCUGGUCCGAUGUGUCAUUAGCAAUUUGGAGACCACAUCUGGCGGUUUCAACAGCAUCAAAUUGUCCUUGAACCCAAAACUCAUCAAUGGGGAUCUUGUUCCAUCUUCUCUGCACACUGGCAUGUAUCUCACAGGUCUUGUGUCCAGCGUGGAGGACCAUGGUUAUCUCAUGGAUUUGGGCAUUAGUGGUACUAAAGCUUUCCUACCCCUAAAGAAGGCUGAAGUUUUUAUAAACCAGAGAACCAAAGGAACUGCACUGACAGUAGGGCAAUAUCUAGACUGUGUGAUUGAUCAGGUGAAGAAUGGUGGAAGAGUCUUGCGUCUGUCAGCCAGCCAGUCCGAAGUGGCUGCAGCCAUUGCCACAGAUGAACAGAAGUGGACUUUGAAUAACCUGCUUCCGGGCUUAGUGGUGAAAGCUGAGAUUCAAAAGAUCUUCCAUGACCACAUCACUGUAUCCUUCUUGUCAUCCUACACGGGAUUAGUGGAUUUCUUGCAUUUGGAACCCAAAAAAGUAAACUUAUACCAGAAAGAUCAGAUAGUUAAAGCUUGCAUCCUGUGGAUUGACAAAACUUCCAAGACCAUAAGACUGACCUUACGCAAGACUUUCCUGCAGCCAGGGAACCUGAUAAAGCAGCUUUCCAGUAACUGGAACGGCACUGUUCAUGAGAAUUGUACAGUAAAAACAUUGUAUAAGAAUGCAGGAGCUGUGUUUGAGCUGGAUGAGGAAACAACGGCUUUCGCACCUAAAUUCCAUCUGCUUUCAAAGGACGCAAGUAAUCUAAAUAAGUAUAAAGAAGGAACAGUCCACACUGGACGAGUAACGGGGUUUAGUCCCAUGGAUGAGACAAUUGUGCUUUCUUUAAAGGAGAGAGUCAUUGAAGAACCUUUUUGGAAGCAUGAGGACAUACAUGCUGGACAACUUCUAGAGGGAACUGUUAACAAGAUCGAUACUGAAGGAAUAACCGUGAAUAUCACCAAACGCAUUAGUGGUCUCGUACCAAAUCUCCACAUGGCAGAUGUCACCUUGAAGCAUCCAGAGAAGAGAUACACUCCUGGGAAGACCAUCAAAUGCCGGGUUCUAAAUGUGGAUCCAUCAGCCAAAAAGCUGAUCCUCACCCGAAAGAAAACCAUGAUCAAUUCAAAAUUGCCAGUAAUUGCCAGUUUCCAUGAUGCAAAACCUGGCAUGAUCACUCAUGGUUUCAUCUGGGCAGUGAAAGACUUUGGAUGCAUUGUUAAAUUCUAUAAUAAUGUCACUGGAUUGGCACCAGCUCGAGAGUUAAGCUCGCAGUUUAUCCCAUCAAUACAAGACGCCUUUUAUAAGGGACAGGUGAUCAAGGUGCGGGUGCUGGAGUGUGACCCUGAAAAAGAGACAUUGAUUCUGUCCUUCAGGAUUAUUGAAGAAAACGACAAUGAAGAUCAGGAAGACAGUACAGUAUGGAGAAACCAUUUAAAUUGGCAAGAACCUGGAAAGAUAGUAGACGUGAGAAUUGCAAGCAAGACCGAUACGGAGUUGAAAGUAUUAAUUCUGCCUAAGGAGACCCCAGCAGUACUUCCCAAAUUUCACCUCUCAGAUCAUAUGGCCAACUGUGAGCUUCUCUUCCACUGUUUCAAGGAGGGUGACGAGCUAAGCCAAGUGAUGUGUCUGAACAGCCCCAAAGGGCAAACUAUAUUGACCAGAAAACCCACAAUCAUCUCCUUUGUGGAGGAGGGGUCUUCUGUAAAAGAUUUCUCUGAAGUUCAGGUUGGAAUGUUUCUCACUGGAUUUGUCCGAAACAUCAUGUCCUAUGGAGUGUUUGUGGAAUUCUUAGGUGGACUGGUCGGACUGGCCCCCAUCUCAGAAGUCAGUAACACGUUUGUGACCGACCUCAAUGACCAUUUUGUACAAGGGCAGACUGUUGUUGCCAAGGUAACGAACGUCGAUGAGCAAAAAAAACGCUUUCUGUUGACCCUAAAGAUGUCCGAGUGCGCCUCUGAUGACUGCUCAGCCGAGAACGUCUCAAGGAUCAGGCAAUGUUUCAAUGAGCUGCAGUUUUCCAGGGACCUAAUAAAAAAAACACAUGAAGUGGAUGAGGGAAAGACCGUCUUUUCUCUAGCACCAGGGAAAAAAUUGAUCCUCGUUGUUGAAAAAUUAGAAGAAAACGGUUCAGUUCUGUUCAAUCCUGGCAAAGUCCCUGGAGCCCAGAUGAUAUCAGCUGUUCAACACAAGGACAAAGAAAAACCUUUAACUGUAGGACAGAAAGUCAAGGCUGUGGUUCUACAUGUUGACAUAUUGAAGGCCCAUGUUUAUGUCUCUGUGGAUGAAGCUUUGGUAAAGAAAUGUAACGAAAAUGUAAAAAAUUCAGUGCAUUCCGCAUUCGUACAGCAUUUGUCAGAAGAAUUUGCAGUCGUGUCUUUGAAUGAUACUUCGAACCUCGCGGCUGUCCCACUUAAGCGUCACUUUAAUGACACUUUCCGGUUUAAGACAGAAAGGCUAAGUCUAGGACAGAAAAUCUCAGUGACCAUAUUGUCGGGGGAUGCCCAUGAACACGGACUCCUAUUGGCAGUGCAGAAUUCCAGCUCAGGAAAGGAAAAGCUGCCAAUGAACUUUGCGAAACGAACAUCGUGUCUUGGAGAAUUGAUCACCGGGACUGUGAAAAGCAUCAAGCCCACCAGUGUGUUGGUGUCAAUUACAGAUAAACUAAUUGGCACCAUCCAUGCCUCUCAGAUCAUGGAGCAUGUUCCUGCAGGUGUCAUGCCUACAUCCAAGCUGAGGCCUAAGCAGAGUGUGACUUGUCGUGUGAUUGGAGGACGAGAUGUCAAGACACACAGGUUCCUUCCCAUUUCUCACCCACACCUGAUGCGGUCAAUUCUAGAACUCAGUGUUCUUCCCAGUCUUUUGAGUACUGAGGCGACAGUUGAAAAGCAAAAACCUCUGAAAAUGUACUCAUCAGGUGAUGUGCUGACCUGCUAUGUAGCCAAGUAUAUCAAGGAGAGUGAAUGUCUAGAGGUGGAACUCUCUCCUGGGAUUCGUGGCAAAGUAGAACGGCUGCUCCUAGCAUCUUCUUUGAAGGUUUUGAGGCAUCCAGAGAAACAUUUCAAGAAAGGCCAGGCGCUGUCCGCCACUGUGGUUCACGUGGAUGACUCUCGUAAAAAGCUUUCCUUGUCAUUAACAGACAUCCACACUCUGACAGAGGGUUGUGUCACUUAUGGCUGUGUGAAGAGUGUACUUCCCAGUUUAGGCCUACAGAUAACCUUACCAUUUGGAAAGACCGGGAGAGCUAAUUUCUUUCAGUUAAACGACUGCUAUGAUGAGGUCUCCCUGGAGAAGUUCACCGUUGGAAUGUUUGUAAGGUGUUGCAUACUCACUGUUGGAAGUAAAAUAGAUGUGUCCCUAAGAGAAUCUCGAACAAAUCCUAAAAGUGUCAGCAAACAGAUAGAUGAAGACAUUCCUUCUAUUGACUGUCUGAAGGAAGGGCAGCUCGUUAAAGGUUUUGUCAGUGGAAUUACAGCGAAAGGAGUGUUUUUGAAGAUAUCCAGCUCAACUGAUGGUCAUAUUUUGUUCAAGAAUAUUACCUCUUAUUAUGUUAAAGAUCUAGAGAUGUAUAAGCCGCACAUUUUUGAAGGAAAGUUGCUUACUGCCAAGGUUAUUUCCAUAGAUAAAGAGGAGAAUCACUUAGAGCUGUCACUUCUUUCUAAGGAUACUGGAAAUCCUGAUAUUAUUCCAGAGUCUGCUGGCUUCACCUUAAGGUGCAAGAAGGGAGAUAAAAACAAGAGAAGACGGACAGACACUGAAAGUGAAGACAAGAUCCCUAACAAGAAGAAAUCCCGGCAGUCACAGGAUGAUGAAGACAGUGGAGUUGAGGUUCAUUACCGAGAACAGGAGACGGAAAAUGAGGUUAAGGUUAAGCAGCCUGGGUCUCAGGAGAAGACAUCUUCUGCUGGCAGUAAGUCUCCCCCACCUCGGCUGCAGGUUUCCUCCGGCUUUUCUUGGGACGUCAGUCUAAAUACUCUCAAAACUCCUUUAACCGAUGGAAAGGAAAGCCGCUCAGACAGUGAGGAAGAUGAAGAGGAGCGCCCCAAGAAAAAGAGCAGCCAGACAAAACAGGAAAAAGUGAAGAAACAAGCUGGAAAAGAUGCCACAGAUACAAGUCAGGAACCAAAGUCCGUUAAUGAAUUUGAACGCCUCGUCAUUGGCUCGCCUAACAUCUCUGCUAACUGGAUUCAAUACAUGGAUUUCCACCUCCAGGCCACAGAGCUGGAGCAAGCACGAGCUGUGGCAGAAAGAGCGCUGCAGACUAUUUACUUCAGGGAGGAGCAGGAAAAGCUUAAUGUAUGGGUGGCCAUGCUGAACAUGGAAAAUACAUAUGGCACAGAAGAGACCUUACUGAAGGUGUUUGAACGAGCCGUUCAGUACAACGAUCCAUUAAAAGCAUUCCAGCACUUUGUGGACAUUUACAUAAAGUCAGAAAAGUUUAAGGAGGCAGGUGAGCUGUUCAACACAAUGAUAAAGCGAUUCAAACAGGAAAAGUCUGUGUAUUGGAAAUAUGCCACGUUUCUUCUUAAGCAAGGCCAGUCAGAGUCUGCUCAUCGCCUAUUGCAGCGGGCACUGAAAUGUGUUCCAGAAAAAGAGCAUGUUGAUUUAAUUUCAAAGUUUGCCCAGUUAGAGUUCAACCUGGGUGAUCCUGUGCGAGCCAAGGCUUUGUUUGAAAGCACACUGAGCAGCUAUCCAAAACGAACAGACAUCUGGUCUGUAUAUAUCGACAUGAUGGUAAAGCAUGAAAACCAAAAAGAAAUCAGAGAGAUAUUUGAGCGCGUUAUCCACCUCAGUUUGGCAGCAAAAAAGAUCAAAUUUUUCUUCAAGCGUUAUCUAGAGUAUGAGAAGAAACACGGCAAUGAGAAGACCGUUCAGGCUGUGAAGGAGAAGGCUCUUCAAUACGUCGAAUCGAAGAGUUCUGUGGACACAAGCUAGAGCUAUCUGCACUAAAGGACUCUUUACUAACAUUGUACAGAUGUGGAAAAUAGCACAUGCGCAUUUUAUACAAUCCUCCCUGAGAGACUUGUUUGUGUGGCUGUGUAAAUCACAUGGCUUUUUAUAUAACCGCUUCCUUUAGGCUUUUUUCUGUCUGUAAGAAAUAAUGAAAUUCAGAUGUUCCACAUUAGAACUUCAGAAGCCACGCAGAGGAAAAAGCCAAGAGUCAAUUUCCAGGAUGAAGAACUUUUAUUGUAUUAUCACUGGCGUUUUGUACAUUGCUGAUUUCUGUUUCAGAUGUCACAAUAAAUAAAUGCCAUGACUUCAGAUAUACCUUGUGAAGUAAGUAC